GGGUGCGGGCGAAAGGCAGGGGAAUGUGGUAUGAAAAAUCGUGAGUGCGUCUGCGCGCAGUUCACAAACUUCAAUUGACUAGCAAGCAAAUCUUCAGUGUGUGUAUAGUUUUCCAGAACACGCAGCAAGAUGGAUCCACAGUGGUAUAAUCAAGAACUUAGUACUGGUACAUCAAUCAUGGCCGUUGAAUUUGAGGGGGGUGUGGUUCUUGGUGCCGACUCUCGAACAACCACUGGUGUGUAUAUUGCUAACCGUGUAACGGACAAGCUCUGUCCCAUAUCCGAAAAUAUUUAUUGCUGUCAGUCGGGAUCUGCUGCUGAUACUCAAGCAAUUUGUGAUAUUGUUGCUUAUCACCUUAAAUUUCAUCAAAUGGAAUUAGGAGAAGAACCAAGGGUUGAAGUUGCAGCUAAAAUUAUGCAAGAAAUCUGUUAUGAAUACAGAGAUUCUCUGAUGGCAGACAUCAUCCUUUGUGGCUGGGACAAGUACAAAGGAGGACAGGUUUUUGCCAUUCCGCUUGGAGGAAUGAUAACAAGGCAAUCUGUGUCAGUAGGUGGCUCUGGAAGUACUUAUGUAUAUGGCAAUGUGGAUGCAGGUUACAAACCAAAUAUGACCAAAGAGGAGGGCUUAAAAUUUGUUACUGAGACUUUAAGUUGUGCAAUGGCUCGUGAUGGAUCCAGUGGCGGUGUUAUUCGCUUGGCAGUCAUCACCAAAGCAGGGGUUGAGAGGCAUGUUGUGUUGGGUGAACAGCUCCCACGCUUCUACGAAGGCUAAUGUAAAUUGUAAGCAUACUCUACAUCAUAUUACUAACAUUGAAAUUAAGUAAAGGAUUGGUUCAAUAAAUUUUAUAACUAAUUGAA